AUGAACUUCUUCGCGAUCAGCUCCAGCGAUAGCGACAGUGAGUCAGAGAAGAGCCUGCUCCGCGAGGAGGUGCCGGAGACGCAGAUCAACCCAUUCUGGUUUGAGUGGACGGAUGAGGAGGAGCUUGAGGAGCGCCAGGAGGUGAUUCCCAAAAAAGAAAAGGCGGCCAACUCUAUUCAAGCGCUCUGCGACACGUUCGACUACAAUGCUGGCAACGAGUCGUGGCAUGAAGCGCUCGAAACGUUUAAGCACAUGCGCGAUGAGGUACACAACUUUGUGCGCAAGUACAAGGUGGCACCGCAGGCACUGCAGAACUGCCUUCAGGACAUGCCAAACUUGGCGGAGUAUCUGGAGGGCAAGGCGCGCGAGGACUUUGCGAAUCGCUUGGAGUUUAAGAGCCUGAAGGACCUUGUCGCCUUGGUCGAGGAGACGGAGAAGCUCUACAAAAAGGAGCUGGAGGAGCUGGCAAAGGGCCCGGAGAACGAAGACGGUGUGCAGGACGAGGACGAGGAUGCUGGUGCGGAGCUGACCGAGUCUGAGUACGCGCAGAUCCUUGAGGACAUCUCCGGCUCCCGCGAAGUGAAUCUGGUGGGCAAGAUCGAGAAGGUGAUUCGCGCGUGUGGCCGCAAGGGGUACACGAACCUGGAGAUCUCCGCCAUGGGUAUUGCGGUCUCGACUGUUCUGCGGCGCGACAGCCGCAAGCUGCUGGUGAGCUCCGACACCUGGGAGCGUGCCUUCAAGUGGGGUGCCAAGUUCUUCAGUCGCAUGAUCGCCGCCACUAAUGUGCGCUUCGUUGAGGACUCAUCGUCGGUGAGCGCACGUAACAUUGUCGUGCCGGGCGGCAUCCACGGCUUUUUGACGUACCUGCACACAGAGCUAGUGAACAAGUCGAAGUUCGAGGAGGUGGCCAGCCAGGAGUACCUUAAGAUCAUCGCCUUCGAGAACGACCUCGCCGUUCUCGCUGAUCGUGCCCUAGGUUACUAUCAGGUCCGCAAGAGGACUGAGCCGUUAAAGGCGUGCAUUGCCAUCCUCUUCGAUAUUCUCGGCCAGCGCCGUCAGGAGGCUCAUCAGCUUUUCUACAACUCGCUCUCCUCGACAGACACUCUCACCAUUAUCUCAGAGUCUGUCUUUGAUACUGUUCGCGCUCUCCACAAGCUUAGCCUUCAAGUAAAGCCAAGUGCUGCCCUUUCAGUGUCGGGUGUGUGUCACGUUGCAUACCAGUACGGCCUGUGUGGCCUGUACCGCGAGGGUCGCGACUACCUGCUGCGAACGGGUGUGGCCAACAGCAUCACUGUCGCCGAUGCCCCACUAGCAAUCCUGCUAAAUAGGGCCAUUGCGCAGCUCGGGUUGGCUGCGUUCAUCGCGGGAGACAUUCCCACGGCGCACCAAUUGCUGCGCACCAUCUGGAGCCUUCGGUCAAACCAGGUGCUGAUCGGGCAGUCGCCACCGCCCAAGUCGGUACUCGAUGACGAGCACGCGGAGAUGGAGUACCGCCACUUGCUUCUUCCUCCCCACAUGUACAUGCCCAUCGCGCAGCUGGAACUGGCGUCCGUCCUCUCUGGCCUCAUCAUGGGUGUGAAGAUGGAGGCGCAGAAUCCGUACGAGCGCAAUCACAUGGAGCGCUACGUGUACAACACUGUCACGCGUACACCAGAUCUCAUGGGAAAGCCGUUCUCCUUCAAGGAGCAGGUGGCUGUUGCGUACGAGCACUUGAAGGCUGGUAAUUACAUCAGUGCCAAGGAGCAGGUGGAGGCGAUGACCACGUUCGAUACGCUCCCAUCGGGCAAGGAGGCGCGCAGACUGUAUCUGCAGACCCUGAAGGAGGUUGCACUGCUCGUUUUCUGCUACUCGAACCGUACAAGUUUCUCAACCAUGUCCGUCGCCAACCUGGCCAUCAAGUUUGACAUGGAGGAAAGCGACGUGCGUCGGUCAGUCAACGAGAUGCUGUCGGAGAACACCACACUCAGCGCGUACUGGGACCGCGAUGACGCGUACUUGUACCUGGACCGAAAUAAUGCGACGCGCCUCCAGCACUUGGUGAAGGGGACGUCGGAGAGCAUCUCCAUUUUGGCAAAGCACUGUGAAAGCCGCCUUCGUGCAGGCGGUGGCCGUGGCCGCGGUCGCGGUGGUGCUGCUGGUGGCCGAGGCGGUGCUGGCGGCCGUGGUGCCGGUGGACGUGGCCGUGGCGGCCGUUAG